AUGGUUGAUCUUAAGCAGCAACUCAACGUUAUUGAUUACUUCGGAGUUGUUGCCGUUUGGCUUUGCUUCUUCUCCAUCAUCUUCAUUAUUUCCGUCACCUGCAUUCUCUGGUGCUGUGUUAGCAAAGAUGACGAUCAAACCGUUUUCGCUAAAUUUGGGAUGGGACCUCGUCAAAGGACGGCGAACCAGAAGUACGCUGCUCAAGUUGAGAAAGCCGAAUGA